UAAAUAGCCCAUCACACAAAAGAGAACCAAUAUAGGCUAACUGAUUUGAAACAAAUAAAACAGCCCAACAUGGGCUAAUGGGGAAAACUAAAAGUGAAGCCCAAUUUGUGAGCUGUCUCUCACUGACUGAUGAUGCAACAAACGAUAAUUGAAACAAAACAGAGGCAUGCGAUUAAGAGGAGAACCACUGUUGAAGCAUAACAGAGGCAUGCGUUGGAUUUUUCCCCGGAAGAUAUGGAAUACAAUGUCGAAUCAAGAGAUCAGCUUCUUUAUAAUUGCGUCCACCGAUAUCGAUCUGUUUCGAUGGAGGAUUGUCUCUAAAAGAACAAAACAGUUAAGGUUUUCCGAAUGAAGGGAUGUACUUUUGCAAUGUAAUAACCUCAAGUCAUGCUAGCGACACAAAGAUAAGAAAUCAGUUACUUAUUUCAAACAUAUAUGAUUUCCUUUUUGUAAGAUUCUUAUCUAACAUGUGUUUUGUUUCAUAGGUGAGUCAGAUUUCAAACUCUUAAUCGUUGGGGUUCAUAAGGCAAGAGGCAUCUGUUGAGUCGCAAGAUGUGGAGAAAGGGAGUAUCAAUUAAGGAAGGUUCCGAUUGAGAAAAUUCGGGUCAAAAUCAGAAUAAGGUAAGAUCCGGGAGACAAAUUUGCGGGUCAAAAUUAAAUGAUUUCCGGGUCAAAAAAUUAAAAAAAAACCCGACCCAAUUAGGAACCCCAAAAAGUGUUGCAAAAAUGUAUAGUAGAUAAAUAUUUAUUGGCUAGCCAUAAUCUCGUUGACAAAACACUUUGUUAAUUAUUUGUCAUUUGUCAACCCUUAGGCUCCUUAUAUAGCCUCAAAACCCCGGAUCUUCUAAACCUUAUUGUACUUCAUUUUAGAGAGAAACAAUAGUUGGCUUAGAAUUGGUAAGGAAUCUUGGGGUACGUUUUUAGAUCUAUACACUACAACGAUGAGGUGAGUCAUGGUUUUUUUCCAUAAAUUGUUUUCAAGGAAUUUGGAUUUGAUAUCGACUGGUCAAGAGGUUUCAAAUCCAUAGAAACAAAUACGUUAGGAAAUUUAGAUAUCGAUUAAAGUUACGAUCUAGGGUUUCGAAUUGGAACCUAAGAACCAAGUGCGUUGGGAUAUUUUGCAUCUGAUUUAUUUUUGAGUCUGAAAAUUGUAUCUUUAUAUGUCAAUAACUUGCCUUUGUUGACUAUGAAUUGUUUUCUUCUAUUUUAAUUGCAUAUGCAUUUGAAAACCAACAAAAAUUGCAUCUGGAUCCAUCCUCCUUGACGAAUUCUUCAAACAUCUCAAUCAUCUCGAAACAAAUGGAAUCAAUAUCUAUGACUGACCAUGUUCGUGUUGUCCGUAACAACAAAAGAUUACCACAGUCUAGAUAUUCUCCUUACGCUUUAAGAACUGAUCUCAACAAGGAGAAGGAGAAGCAGAAAGAAGAGACUAUACGACUCGGAGUUGAGCUCUCGCUCUUUGUGGCUGAAGCAAUGUUCAUAUUAUCUGAUGACCUACGUUCUACGUUACACUUCUGUCUUUGCCUAUUGAAUAUUGCAGGGAAGAGAGACUAUGACGGUCCCGUGGUAGGAAGACUGGUUCAUGUUAUUCAAUAUGUGUUUGAAAGAUAUAUCAAACCCAAGAAUGGAGUCUAUUAUGAUGAUGGCUUAUCGAUCCACGUUGAGCUAAUCAAAACUUGUCCACAGCAUUUUAAUUUUGGAGUACGUGUCUUGAAUCACAUUAUUUGGGGUCUCAAAAAUGGUGGUGUAGUGGAAUCGUAUAGUUUUGAAUACUACAUCCAAGAGCUUAAGAAGCUAGAAGAGAAGUUGAGGUCUGCCAAGGAAUUUUCAGAGGCCAAUGGGUUUGUGAGGGAAGAGAUAAAGUCUAACAUUGUUCACUUGUGGAAGUCUCUCUUUGAAGCAACACCGGAAGUGAUAAACCCUAAUAAGCCUAUACUUCUUGAGCUGUUUAGGCCUAUCGAGAACGAAGUUUGCUGUCGUCGUCUUGCUUCUUUACUCAUAUGACUUAGUGUUUCUUAGAUUGGAUGAUCUUUUUAUUGUAUUGUUAUUCUGCUUAUAUUUAUGAAACAAUAACGAUCCAUUGGUCUAUUCAAAUAAAUGUAAGACAAAAGUUAUGAGUGAGAUUAAA